CUAUUAUUAUAUAAUAGAAAGUAAGGAAACAACGAUACUGCGUGUUUGCACUCGAACCGGGAGGACAAGACAAUUGCGAGCGUGCUCACGGCACACGCCUUCCUACGCCUUUUAGAAGAAGUUUGGCCUCGCCGCCGCCCGUAGCUUCCUUAGCAACAGACUGGACGCCGCGCCCUGCCGGGGAGCUCCGGCGUGCUCCUCCCCUCCUUCUGCGGAGACCAACCGGGAGGGUUUUGUUCGUGUUCGUCUCUUCCCGUGCAGGGAUCGGUAACCGUACAGAGUGUCCCAAAAAGAUAUGCAGCAAACAAAGAAAUGUGAAGAAACACAUCUGAAAAAUGGAGCAGGUGGAAGUGGGGAUAAAAGAAUGUCUUCAGGCUCUCGAAUAACUGAGAAGACUGUGUCACAGAAAAGAAAGCCAUUAUCCACUUCAUCUGCUUCUCCAGAUUCUGUAAUUAAGCCACAGCCCAGGCCCAGUGACAGACUUAAUCCCAAAACAAUUGAUCCGUUUGGUGUUCAGUCAAGAGCGCCUUCUGCCUUUGCUGCCAUUUACUCUAAAGGGGGCAUUCCUUGCAGGUUAGUUCAUGGCUCUGUAAAACACAAAUUACAGUGGGACUGUCAUCCGGAAACACUUCAGUUUGAUCCUCUUCUUAUAACUUUGGCUGAGGGGUUAAGAGAGACAAGGCAUCCAUAUACAUUUGUAUCCAAGGAGGGCUUUAAAGAAUUGCUCUUGGUGGAAGGUGCAACUCAGAAAGCCAUUCCAGUAUUACCACGGCUAGUUCCAGUAUUAAAAGCUGCUCUGGCCCAUUCAGAUGGUGAAGUAUUUGAAAGGGGACUGAAUGCUUUGGUACAACUGAGUGCUGUUGUUGGCCCUUCGCUUAAUGAUCACCUGAAACAUCUACUUUCAAGUCUUUCAAAGAGACAGAUGAUCAAAAAGUACAAAGAGCAAACUACAGAUGCUUUACAAAAGCUGGAACAAUAUGGUGGGAAGGAAAGCUUGACUGCCAUAAAAUCUAAAAUACCAACUUAUUGUUCAAUUUCAUCCUAAAGAGAGAUGUGAUGAAGAAACUCCUUGGAACUGUUCACUGUCACAACCUAUGGAAAAGAUAAGUGAUCUCUCAGGGAAACAAGGGUCACUAUUUUAAAAUGAAGACACAUGUUAACAGUGAGUGAAUAUGUGAAGUCGUGUAAUUAUGGAAAAGACCAAAAACAGCAUUUGUUCCAGUACUUCCACCAGGAAUUGGAAAUAAGUUUUUCUAGUUUAUUACAUUACAUAAUGGGGUUACCCACUUUUGUAAAAUAUAACCUUAAAGGUAAUAUUAAUACUUACUUGCUAUGUUUUACAUGUUUUUAAAUUGAAGUAUAGUUUGGUAUGUUUAGCAGCUGUGAUGAGUUAGACAUUGAGGGCACAAUCCAGCCAUAAGUUAAUCACCAUUACAAGUUCUGCUGAUUUUAGUGGGAGAGAGAGAGAUGAGUAUGGGCUAGAAUCUCUCCCAUCAAAAUCAAUACGAUUUGAAGGUGCUUGGCUUGGAUCGUGCCAUGAUUAUUUAUUUUUAAGCAAGAACUAACUCAUAGGUAAGUCCAUAGAGAAAAUUAUUUUUAUACUGUCAGAGGAAAGCUUUCUUUGUCAAAGGCUUCUGGAUAGGAAAAUGUAUAAAGUGACCUGUCUUCGUGCAAAUUGUUAACAUGCUACAAUUGAUUUCCAUCUGCAUUGAUAACACAGAAAUUUCAAGUAUUAAAAGAUAACUAAAAUAUUCUACAUGUGCUUCAGGUAUUAAACUUUUAUUAAAGAAA